CCCCAGCAAAGUCCUCCCGGUGUCUUUCUGUGCCUGUCACACUUUUCCACACCACAUCAGCAGCGACAAACAGAUGUGGUUGGUACACAACAGCUGACACCUCCACCAUCGUCACCACCACCACCACCACCAUUGUUGUGGUAGCGACGGAGGCGGCGGGUCUGUUGAUGGCGGUGUUGGUGGUCUUGUUAGACAACUUACAUCAACAACAACUUCACCGAAUAACAGCAAAAAGAACAACAACAUCAGCCAAGCACAAUAGUCAGCAGCAGCAGUGAGAUUAACAACAACAAUAAGAACAACAACAACAACAGCAGCAGUCAGAUUAAUAACAACAUCAAUCAGAUCACACACACACACACACCGCCUCCAUCGCCGCCGUAAAAACGGUGGAGGCCGCUAUGACAAACCUAGGAAUUAACAAGGAAGGAUAUAAUACAAUUUAAUACCUACUACUACUACCACCACUACUACUAUUACUACUGCUGCUGCUGUUACCACUAUUACUACUAUUCUUACAAUUUAUUUGCUAACUGUUAGAAAGUGCAGCCAAAUCCCACGUUUCCUUUUUUAAGAAGAACAUUUUGGAUAACAUAAAAAGUGAUUGAAGUAUUAGAUCCGGGAAAGUUGAGUGGAACGUCUUUGAUGACAGGUCGAGGACUGACCUAGGGCUAAACAAAAGCAACAACUACUACUACUACUACUACUACAAAAUAGGAAGGAAAGAAAGAACAGUUUCGAACUGAAGUUCCUUCAACAGACGACUGCUGCUGCUGCUGCUGCAGUUCUUUGCCGAAGGCAAAAACUAUUUCGUGUGACAGAAGACGAGACUUUGUUCAGUUAAGACAGAAUUACCAACCGGAUAAGGCAGCGCUUUUGCCCCCUCCUUGAAGACACUCGCCACAGAGCAGCAACACCGAUUGUGACACGGUACCCCCAAUACGCAAUCGUUACCCAUACCAUAAUAGAAGAGUACCUCUAAACCACAGUACCACCGAGCAACAGUACAGCAGUACUCACACAACAAUACAGAAAUAUCAGCAAAGGGAAAAAAAAGUAUAUAUAUAUAUAUAUAAAGAAUAGGUAGAAUAGAAGCAAGAACUAGGUAACAUAUUUUUUAUACAUACACACAUAUAUAGCCAUAGAAAUAUAUAUAUGUGCGUGUGUGUAGAUGGCUGUAAAAGCAUGGGUGUGUAGAAAUGAGUUGUGUGUUUGUUUGGAGUGAGCGUGUGUGCUGUUAAACAACUUGAAGAGUUUUCCUGUGAAGGUUUACCAAUGUUACGAUGAAACUCCGUCCGUUGGAAACAUCUCUUGCGAACAAAUACAAACAUUUCAAUAGCGACAACAACAACAACAAGAACUAUAACAAGAAUAUCUACGACGACCACCGCACCAUCAUCAUCAUCAUCAUUUCCAGCAACUACAACUACAACGACGACGACAGAUGUAGGAAACAAACCAAGGAAUAUAGUUCCAGUCCUUUCAAACAGAAGAUUUUCAAGGAACUUUUGCAAUAAGAAACCAAAUCUGACGAGAGGUCAUAUCUGGCUGUAAUUAGACCAAAGGCAAAUCUAACCCAGCUGGGUGUCAAUCAUUUCAUAUCAGAUCUGGUUUGGAUUGGCGCGAUUCGGUAUACAGCCUUCAAAUGAUUUAUAGAAGAAUAGUGUGUGUGCGCAUCGUUAUAUAUUUGUGUGUAUAUCAACGUCACACAUUCACUAACCAGAAUAUGUCGAAGAUAUGUUUCUUUCGGUUUCCUGUGAAAGCAGAAUCAUGAGAUCGAACCAAGGUGAAGUCUAUCCGGACUCCUGUCGGACAGCUACCUUCCAUAAGGAUUUAACUCACUGCCAUUGUUACCAAGUUCCCAUUCAACGCCCUCGAAUCGAACUCACGCCAUAUCUCACCGUAAAAUUGUUUAACAACGAACUUCCUUCAAUUGAUUCCACAUCCUCUCAUAUAACGCUGCAGAGAGCAACGUCUCCUGAAGCAUUAUCCACAAUCUCAGUCACAUCAGAAUCAACGAAAUCGAAACGUUCAAUUGUGCCUUCAACGUCUUUGACGUUUUCAGAUUCAAAAACCGAAAAACAAUUAACAUCAUCUUCAUCGACAUCAACAGCGAUAACGACGACAUUGAUGACAACGCCGUCACCAUUAGUGCCAAAUAUGACGGUGUUAUCAACGUCAACGUCGUCACCGUCAGUGCCAAAUAUGACGGCAUCGUUAACGUCAACGUCAUUGGCGUCAACACAAUCAAAACCAACAAAAGCAUUAACAAAACCAGAAUCGUCAACAACGUCACCAAAUUUAGCAAUGGCAGCUUCUACGACAUCGACGUCAACAGGUUUAACAUCGGUGACGUCAACAGUAGGAAAACGAUCAACAAGAGCAACACUAUCAACAUGUUUAACGUCAGCGACGUUUGUAACGUCAAAAUCAACAAAUCAAUCAAUGUCAUCGAAACUUUUAAUAACGUCGCCGACGUCACCAAGAACAACAACAACAGCAAUUAAUCAAUCAACAUUUUUAUGGUUGUCCCAAUUAAUGCUUCUAUUAUUGAUGUGCAUCUCUUCGGUGGUCAGUUUCCCCACGCAACCAGCCGGGACAUACGGUGAUAACAAUAUUACUGUCUAUGUGAAACAGCCCACUCCUUUAGUGACCAUUGAGUUGUCCGUCCUUGACCAGAAACAAACCAAAACAACUGCUGAAACUAAAACUGGUGACCAUAUAACUCAUUCCCGAUUACAAACGGACAAUGGUCACCAUUUCUCGCCUGAAAUAUCAGUGAAACUGAUCAAUCUGUUGGGGAGCCCCAGUACUUCUAACCCAAUCUUCGAUGUCUCUGGGACUGAUUCCUCCCAGUUCGUGACGGAAAGUGAUAAUGAAACGAUUCUGCUGGACACGAAACCAACCUCGGCACCGACCAACCAAUCCGUAAACCUCGCAGUCAUUCCAGUGCUUGGUAUCUUCUUUCUCAUGGUAAUACUUUGGAUGAAAUGUUCCACUUGGUUUCGUGAUCAUUUGAGGGACCAAGAUUUAGAAGAUGAUGGUAAAGAAUAUGUAAUAUUGAGUCCACCGGAAGAAGGUUAUCGGGAAGUGGAGUUCCGGUCGGACACGUCAUCCAUGUAUUAUGAUACAGUCUCCUCAUACCGUUCCAUCCUUCGCCAGAAAGUGGAAUAUGGUGGCUUCAAUAAUUACGACACGGUUACUUCCAUUCGUUCGAUCCUGCAACAACGAACAGACGUUCGGGAUGCGGCAGUUCAGGUGAAACUUCAAGGCGAACAUCUAAAAACAGAUCGAUGGAAAAGUGUAUCUGGGAUAUUGAACAACAGUGGUAGUAGCUCUGACCUUUUGAAAGUGCCUAAGAAAACUCACCGCCAGGUGUCCUUUCAAACAAGCCAGAAUGAAAGCUAUGACCCGCCACUUCAACUGACCUGUGAUGCUAAUAUUCAGGUCGGUGACUCGAGUACUGAACGAAUGAAAAACAAAGAGCAAGCUCGUUUACUACAGAAACCGGUUGAUCCGAACCUGGGCAGCGGUGCCGAAGUCUCCAAGUAUUUUGGUAGUGGAACUCAGCUAUCGAUGCAGAGUAGCAAUGCCUCUCUAAUAGGACUCAAUAUCUUCGGUGUUCCUUAUCCAUCAACUUCCCAUCAAGAGGGUAAUGAUGCCACAAGGCAACAAGAAAUGCCUGGUAGCGAUGGUAGUGGUGGUGGUGAACAUGAAGGGAGCACAGGAGAGACGAGUUCCUAUGGCGGGACCAGUAGUGUGACAAGCAAAGAUGAACCAGCACAAUGUGAAAUCAUCAACCCGAAACACAGAAGAGUCCAUCAGUUCCAGGUUUUGAGAGUUGACAGCAGUGAUGGUCUCUACCGAGAACCAGUUCAAAGCAAAGACGCUGAGUUGACCAGCGAAACAACAGAUGUGUCCGAGAAAGAUAGUACUUUACUUACGGAGACGUCACAAGAUGAUUACAGCCUGGCCCAGCCUCUACCCCACCCGCAUCACUACUUAUGUAGAAGGUUAAAACAAGCUAAAAGACGCUGCAAAGACCCCACGGGACCGAUUGCCGAUUCAAUAUCAGACUUUAAACCUCCAAUAUUCAGUGAAGUGAAAUUUGGUCAGCCUCCAUCUGAUGAAGAUGAGUGUGAUUACGGAGACGACAUUAAUCUACAAGUAAAACAUGGCGCACAGCAAAACUGUGGACUUUCACAGACGUUGUUUAUAGAUGAAAAUAAUGAGAAUAAUUGCUGGUGUGAACAGGCGAUGGAAUCAGGUAAGGGAGAUAAACUGAAUCAACUGCUAGAGGCUCAUGCAUCAUCUGUGGCGGCGGCACCGAGAGCUUCUCCAAUAUCAAUGCAUUCGUCUGCCGCAUCGAGUACAUUAUCGUCACAUUCUUCGUGUUCUUCGUUAGAAGCCAUUAAAGACGAAAUUAACGAUGAAGACGGCGGUGAGGAUGGAAGAGGCUUGAACCUUCCACAGGACGCUUCCUGUUAUAUUGCUCAAGGAAUGUAUGCUGAAGAAGAGACGCCGCUGAUUAUGGACCUGGCUGGCGACUCCCCUUGUCAAUCGCCCGAAAUUCACGCUCUCGUUCGACAGAGAGGUCAUCGUUCAAGUAGCGGAUAUGAAACACAAGGACACGAGACUCCGAGUACCGCCAAGGGUCACGUACCGGAAACCGGAGACACUUCCUGUGACGUCACACCGCUGACUUCAUCGACUAAUUCUUUGCACGAGUGUUGCGAUGGCAAGCGGUGCACCAUAUUAGCGGAAGCACAGAGUGCUCAACAUCCGCUCUCUACACACUUGCACCAACAACCUCUUCCUCAUCCCCAACACCACCUUCAUCAUCAUCAUCCUUAUCACCACCAUCAUCAUCAACAACAACAACAGCAGGAUCAGUUAGCAGAAACGUUAAUGAUUCACCCGGGGGUACCCCAGGAUACCUCUAGAAUUCCUUCAUACAUUCCACACAACACAUUUCGCCAGGAAACGCGACACGAUGACAAUAACAACAACAACAACAGCUUGAGACGCAGUGUCAUGGAACGGAAUCAAAGUCUUGACCAAAGACUAAGCUUGCCCUCAACUUCCGCCACCAGGAACACAAACAACAACAGUAGUAGUAGCAGUACUAUUGGUGGUGGUAUUACAGGUGAUAGUGGCAACAAUAAUAACAACAACAGCAACACGAGUAGAAACCAAAUACAGAGAAUUCCUGAUACCGGAAGCGAAGAUUUGAGGUCGACGGCUACGGGCUCGACCCGGCUUGCUGAGCCAAAAAUAGUCAAACAGGAAGAACCAAUAGAUUUCAAGAGAUUCCAUCGGAAACCGGUUCCACCAAUUCUGCGUGAGAAAGAACCAUUGCUGUUGCCUAGCAAUUACAUCGCUCCAACCACGACACCUACUGCUGACGUACAUCUUCCAAACACAAAGACAGAUAGUAACUUUGAAAUAGUUUAACAUGGAGGGAAGAGAGGGGAGGGGCGCGAAUGACUUGAAGUACCAGUCAAAUACUAGGGUGGAUAUAAUCGACUACACCCACCCACGAAAAUUACUGGUCAUAUGCCAAAAUUUGAAGCAAGUAUCAUUAUUAUUAUUAUUAUUGCAGUGAAAUGGCAGACUGAGUACAUAGACGGAUUACAUACAUUAUGAUGUUUACUUUGGAACUUUUAUGCUCUGUGUUCAAAUCCCACCGACGCCAAAUUUAUGUUUCGUUCUUUCAGGGAAAUAGAAUCAAAUACCAGUCAUGCACUAGAGCCAAUUACAUCGACAGUCCUCUGCUCAAAAAUGUAUUGCUUUGUGCCAAAGUUUGAAACAGACACCAAUCACCACCAUCACCACAACAACCAUAUUAAAACUGUUACAGCAGUUGUUGUAAUAAUAAUAAUAAUAAUAAUAACAACAAUAAUCAUUGUCAGAAUCAUCAUCAUCAUCAUCUUUCAUCUGCUAAAUUUAAAAAAAAAACAACAAAUAUACAAUUUCAUUUUAAAUAAUGUAAAAAAUGGUAUUUUUCUUUUGUUUGAGAGACCGACGGUCUGUGACUGUCCCACUUGCAAUGUCUAAAGUUUCUGUGAUUGGCCAACCAGGAACUCACCUACCCAUCCCCACCCUCGAUUUCUCACCCGAUGAUAACGAGUCGAAGAGGGUGCUUAUGCAUGGCUGGUCACAUGCUAGAGACAGCAGUCAAACCGCACCUUACUGACAUGCGCACAGAAGGAGAAACAUUGUGUAAUGUAACCCUAAAUACAUUUUGUCUCAUGUGAAGACAGCUUCGUAACGGCGACGACUGGAACGCACCUGUUGAUUGGUCUGCGAGAUCAGGACUGGUGGGUGCAGACAUUGUUAACUAGAAACGUACAACUCACCAACAUGAAGUCCUAAUAAUAACAAUAAUAAUAAUAAUAAUAAUAACAUACAUCACACAUACAAAUGCAUAAAUUAUAAAGGCGAGCAAUUUAUACAUAUUUACAUACAUAUUGUAUAUAUAUAUAUAUAUAAUUAUAUGCACACACAUGCGCGCGCGUACACACACACACACGGACAGAUUUAUAUAUGUUGUGUUCUAGUUUAUCAAAGUUUUUGCCCAUAUUUUCCCAACGAAUUCACAAACGUGCAAACCAGUGAUCCAGCUACAAACAACCAUUGUGUCUUAUUAAUUUGAAUUAAAAUGAACCACGUUGUAAACUUCACGAAUACAACUGUUAAAAUGGCCAUAAAACACUCUUCCGCCAACUCUUCGUAUACUUACAACAAUAACUCUGUACUACUUACAACAGAAAACUAGACAGGAACACAUCAGUGAGCAAUCGCACCAAUAUUUCACAAAAUUCCUCACAAAAAGAGACGAUUUAUGAGAGUAAAAAUACUUCUAACACAAUAUUACACAAGCAGAGACACACAGACAACAUAUUGUAGAUACAUACAUAUAUACAUAUAUAUAUAUAUAUAUACACAUACAUACAUGCCUAUAUAUAUAUAUAUAUGUGUAUGUAUACUUGUAUAUAUAUGUAUAUGGAAAAUUUCAAACAGACCUUAUAAUUUCACAACUUUGCCUUUUUCAACAGAGGAAUCUUGAAACUCUAUAGAUUUCUCUGUUGACAGAAACAGAUUUCUAGACAUUCUUCAAAAUCAAUUUAUCAUUCUUUGAACUAACAAAACCCAAUUUUCAAAGUAUAGAGUCCCGAACAAACAUUAUAAUGCAGUAUUCCAAAUAUUUGAGAUUGUCGGAUUUUUUACGUCUUUUGUAUUCUUUUAUAACAAAAUAAAUCCUUACAAAACUUA